AUGGAUCAUCAUCCUGUAAAGAGGGUUUCUCGUUUCUUCCCUUCUUCAUUAACUUCUUGCCAAUUCCGAAGUGUACCUGAUGUGGUGCAAAGCUCCGUUCCCAUAAAAAAAGGCACCAAAUUUCUCCAUCAUGAAAUUGAACCUCCAAUACCCUCGUCAGAUAUUCACAAACGCCCUUCAGUGAUCAAGUCCCAAGAGCCUAAAACCACUCUCAAAAAAGGGAAAGAAGCGUCUAAGCACUACCAAAAAAAGUCCCUGCUUAUGGGUUCUGAUCCUGAAGGAAGAAGACGUCCUGCUGUUACAUCUGUUUCAGUUAUGGAUUCAAAGAAGAAAGAAAGAGCAAAAGAGACAAAGAUGAAUAACAGUAUUUCUUCAUCUAACAGUGGCAGGUGGUUUAGUAGUGAUGAUGAAGCAGCUGAUGAUCAAUGUGAUGGAAAAUCUGAUACUUUUUUCAGCUUAUCAUCAUGCACUUCUUCUGAAUCUUUUCGCCUUAAAUCAGCAAAAAUUCACUCCAAAAGAUUUGAUAGUAACAUGAGAACUGAAUCAGGUCGUUGCUCAUCAGCACUCUCAGCAUAUUCGCUAAAUGCAGCUCUCAGCCCAUGCAGCCAGAAAACGACCAAAAGCGGCCUCAAAACAGCCCAAAAACAUGGAAAGUCUACAAGAAGGGACUCCAAGACUGACAAGACAUGGCACAGAUGGGAGACUGAUGAUGAUGAUUUCGUCAUAGAUAAUGAAAUUCUCAAGGGUUCCCAAGUUUCUGAGGCUUCAGCUGAACUCUACUAUGAUGGUUCUGGAAGUCAUCAUUGCCGGAAAUCCACCAAGUCUCGCCGGAAAACCAGCAAGAAACAUAGGAGAAAGAAAGGGCAAAUAAAGUCUGAUAAGGAUGGCCAGCUUUUAAAUGCUGUUGUUGAGGAUGGAGUUGAAGAAGCCUAUGCAGUCGAGAAGAGUACAAGUGAUCCAUAUAAUGACUUCAGGACAUCAAUGUUGGAGAUGAUUAUUGAGAAGCAAAUUUUUGGAGUUAAAGAUCUUGAGAAGUUGUUGGAGUGUUUUUUGUCUUUGAAUUCACCUUAUUACCAUAUGGUUAUUCUUGAGGUAUUCACAGAGAUUUGUGACACCCUAUUUGCAUAUUAA